CCGACUCUAUCGUAAUGAGAAUUUAUUUGCCCAUUGGGGUACAGGGCAAGCCGCGCAAUAAAUGCCUAUUUCUCUCCCCUCACUUAUCGUGGCGUCCUCAACUGUCACCUUGCAUCUAUUUCUCCUUCCCACUCCUUAUCCACCGGGCAUGGCGAUUCAGCACCCUGCAACUCUUGAACACAGGUUACGAACCACAGGUAUGUGAGUUGGUACGGGUAUUUUACGCAGAUUUUUUUCUUAUUUUCUCUUCAGCCUCACCCCAUGGGACCAAGGAAUUCGCAAUCACUGAUGGGGUACGGUACGGUACUCUGGUUGACUUCUUUCCUCUCAUUGAAUCUGAAGCUUGUUCUCCACAUCAUCUGGCUGCGCUCAGUAUCUGGAUUUGUUCCUUAUAAUCACCACUAGCUUCUUUCCUUUCCUCCAUCUCACUUCAAACCCUAUUCCUGUCCCUGAUCCUCCAUUUAUUACCACUACUGCUGCUGCUAGCUUAUUAUCGUUAUCAUUGCCAUUAUUACCAUCCAUCACCUUUUUUGUGCUCGAGUGUCAAACAAAAUCGCAUAUCUUCCAGCACAUUAUUCCGCUAUAUCUUUUUAUUUUUCUCUUUCAUUUUUUUCAUUUCCCCCCCCCAUAGAUAUGAUACUGUACCUGAUUGUCUGAGAGAUUCCCUACAAAGUUCGUACCACUUCCCCUCUUCCCGCUCUCCCCCAUCCAACCGGGCACUUGGGCUUCGGUUUCGCCACUGCGGAUAAUCCUUAGUACCUCCCCCCCAUCACUCAAUCCCACCACGCCCCUACCCCCGUGACGCGGCUGCGUGGAGGCUCCAAAGUUCCUAAAAUUGCUUUCGGGGACUCUUACCAAGUUUUAAGUGCUCCUGGAGCAGGUCCCUAGAUCCUCUCCAGAAUUUCCCGCUGCCUCUCUCCCAGAGCUCCCCCCACAGAACCUACCCGGACCUCAUCUGUCUAUUAUUUUCUUCUUUUCUCUCGCUUAUCCUUUCGCACACCUCUGAUCCUCUACCAUUACUCCCCAAACACUUUAUUCAGAUAUAUUACCCCCACACUUUCCUAAACAAGAUCUAGUCAAAACUUCUCCCUUCAAUCCUAGCUCUGCUCUGAGAUUCUCAACCUUGUUGCUACGGGCGGAAGGUAAAAUUCCUGAACAGAAUAUUUCGAAAAGAGGCGAGGAAAAAAGGAAGGAAAGAAGGAUAGAGAAAAAAACAUAUCCCUUUGUGCCUCUUCCUUUCCGCCCCACAGCUCAACUCGGCCAACUGGCUUAAAAGGAAACUGUAUCUGGAUCACUGCCUACAAGUUGCUAUUAGUGCUCGCCAGUGGGGAGCAGGUUCAACAGUGUUUAGUUGACUGCGGGGUGCUAUCACAAAGAUUGUCAUUCAUACAACCCCCGAACUCCCACCGUUGUAAUAGGAACGCGGAAUAUACAUUGCGAGAAGCUUUUUGUGUCAAGUAGGCUCGGUACGUGGGCCGAAUAUCUCCUCAUCCUCUUAUUUUACCAAUUUUUCUACCAAGAUAAUAUUAUUACAAUACCUACCCAUAUCACCCGCCUUGAUCACCAUCACCGGUAACUUAUUUUCUUCUUCUAUUUUCCCCUCUUUAGUCCUAUUCCCGUGUUCUUAAAUUUUCUUUCUUUCUUUCUUUCUUUCUUUUCUUUUCUUUUCUUUUCUUUUUGUUUUUCACUUCUUCCAUUUCGUGUCUGUGCUCUAAAUCUUCCUUUUUUCUUUUUUCCUUCUUUUCCCAGCCGCCGGUAUGUACUAAUUGACCUUUUGGUCUUACAUUUUUCUUCUUCUUCCUUUCUCUUUUCAAUCAACUUCUUUAUAGAUAUUGCUCAAUCCGGCCAUUCCGCAGGACGUGUAUUUGUCUAACUAGUACAUUACACUUUGCAGACACUCGAGAUACCCAAUGGGUGAUGUGCAACCGCCUAAUGAACUCACGCGCAAUCUAAUAGUAUCAUCCACGCCCCCAGGAGGAUACACGGCGCAAGAGCAAACCGUUGCACCCGAACGGCAACCUCCUGCAACCCUUCCCAAGAACCCAGACCCAUAUACCGGUAUUCCAUCUCAUCCUCUUGCAGGAGAUAUGGGAAUGGCGGCUCCGUUAGUUCAGCAAUCUCAGGGAUACCGUCUUAAUCAACCACAAUACGUACAAGUUCCCCCAUUAUUGUCACAACGAUCACAUUCCACCCCACAUCACCAGCCUACCCAAUUCAUGCACAAUGGCGCACACGUUCCACAAUCUUUACAUCCCCACCCCCAGAUGUCGCAACAAGGGACACAUAUUCCUCCUACCAACCAAAGAUGGCAAACGGGACACUCUCCAGCAGGAAUAGCAUAUCAAUUGUCUCAACAGACGCAACAGUACCAGAGAGGUCCAGCAUCACCAACCCCGAAUGGCCAAUAUUUUGUUCCUGGAUACCAACAUACCUUUAUCGAUUCCUAUGGCCAGCAAUAUACGCAAGUCCUCACACAGCAUCGGGAUCCGCAGGCCCAAGUUCAGUCGGGCUCCUGUGCAGUUUGCUAUUCCUCCAGUUACCCUCCCCAUCACCCGCAAUCUACGGGCCCUACACAAACACAGUUCCAGCAUUGGUAUGGGCCUCAGAUGAGCCCGUACUACCCUGUGCCUCCACAGUACAUCGUGCACCAGGUUCCGGUUCAACACCUGCCGCAGCCGCCCUAUAGCCAAGCUCCACCAGGCCCUUAUGUUAGGCGUCAUAGUUUCCCGCUGCGGCAGUUACCGCCUAAACCACGGGAGUCGGAUUCGGGGACGGCCAGGACCAGCCGGUUUGCCGGGCAUCCAGGAAUGUCGGGUUGCGACGGUAGAGCAGCAAAAGCUGCAGCUGUGGGUUCUGGGAUAGGAGCUAGUGGUAGAGAAGAAGCUGCGGUGGGUGGAUAUGCCGAACCUUCAGCAAGAGGCCCUGGUCAGAGCUACUGCCCCUAUCCAACACUCCCUCUUCUACAACCUGCACUGUCCCAGUCUAACAGCUCAGCGGAAACUUCAGGGAUUUCAACAAAUGCAACGACACCCGGAGCAUUAGAUUCUUCUCUUUCUUCCUCAUUAUCACUACCUCACCCAUCUCUCCCACGAGGACCUCCGCGAAAACCGAAGCAAUCUGGUCAUGCGCUCUGGGUAGGCAAUCUGCCGACUGGGGCCCAGGUAUUGGACCUGAAGGAAUACUUCUCAAAGGAUGCGAAGAGUGACAUUGAGAGCGUCUUUUUGAUAUCAAAGAGUAACUGUGCCUUUGUGAACUACCGGACCGAGGAGGCCUGCAGUGAGGCAAUGGCCAGAUUCCAUGACUCGAGAAGGAAUUCGGCACCCUCUGCUGCUGGCGGCGCAAUGGCGCUGGCUCUAUCGCUAGAUCCAUCUGCUCAGUCUAUUCAAGAUGCUCAAGAUGUUCAAGAUAGUGGUGACGAGAAAGAGGAGGAUGGGGCUGACGGGGUUAAAAGCCCUCCGGUUGGGCCGAAGGUUACCACUAGAAUUGUGGGAAAGGACCGCAUAUUCAUCGUCAAAAGCUUGACAGUGGAGGAUCUGGACCUGAGUGUGCGAAACAGGAUCUGGGCAACUCAAAGCCACAACGAAUCUACUUUAAACCAGGCGUUCGAGACGGCAGACAACGUCUAUCUGAUAUUUUCAGCAAACAAGUCGGGUGAAUAUUAUGGCUAUGCUAGGAUGACGUCCCCAAUUCUGGACGACCCAACAGGGUUAGAAUGGACUCCAUCCUCACAGCCCCACGAAGACUCAGAUCUGCCACGGGCGAUAUACACUCCUGCAACCUCGCAGGCUCCCCAGGGCCGGAUAAUCGACGACUCUGCGAGAGGCACUAUAUUCUGGGAGGCAAUAUCAGAUGAGGAAGUUCCUGGCCCAAUUGUCACUACCAACGAAGGGGAGGAUAGCCGCGAGAAAGGUUCCGUUGCGGUUGCAAAGGCUUGGGGCAAGCCCUUUAGAGUUGAAUGGGUUUCCACCACCCGAGUACCAUUUUAUCGGACGAGAGGCCUGAGGAAUAGUUGGAACGCGAAUAGGGAGGUAAAGAUUGCCCGCGAUGGGACGGAGCUGGAGGAGAAUGUGGGUAGGCGGCUCAUUCAGCUUUUCCAUCGGAAUGGGAGUGGACCUGUGACUGGGAAUCAGAAUACUCAUAUGCCCACCCUUCGAGCCAUAUGA